CCCGCUGGUUGAGUUCAGCGAACGCUGUGGCUAGGGGAGGGCGGGAGGAGGGAGAGCGGACGCGGGGGGCGGGGAGGGGCGCUGGGUUGCGCGCUCGCCGGCGCUCUCUUUCGAUUUGGUCGGCAGCUGGAGGAGAGUGGACCCCCCCCCACUUUUAGGCUCUGUCCUCGGCGCAUUCCCGCCGUCCCCCGGUCCCGGCGCGGGGCUCGGGGAUGCCAGCCAGCAUGUUCAGCAUCGACAACAUCCUGGCCGCCCGGCCGCGCUGCAAGGACUCGGUGCUGCCGGUGGCGCCCAGCGCGGCGGCUCCCGUCGUCUUCCCGGCCCUGCACGGGGACUCGCUCUACGGCGCCAGCGGCGGCGCCUCCUCGGACUAUGGCGCCUUCUACCCGCGCCCGGUGGCCCCCGGCGGCGCGGGCCUCCAGGCCGCGGUAGGCGGCUCCCGCCUCGGCUACAACAACUACUUCUACGGGCAGCUGCACGUGCAGGCGGCGCCCGUGGGCCCGGCCUGCUGUGGGGCCGUGCCGCCGCUGGGCGCCCAGCAGUGCUCCUGCGUCCCGACGCCCCCAGGCUAUGAGGGCCCCGGCUCGGUGCUCGUGUCCCCGGUACCGCACCAGAUGCUGCCCUACAUGAACGUGGGCACGCUGUCGCGCACCGAGUUGCAGCUUCUCAACCAGCUGCACUGCCGGCGGAAGCGGCGGCACCGCACCAUCUUCACGGACGAGCAGCUCGAAGCGCUCGAGAACCUCUUCCAGGAGACCAAGUACCCGGACGUGGGCACUCGCGAGCAGCUGGCCCGGAAAGUGCACCUCCGCGAGGAGAAAGUGGAGGUCUGGUUUAAGAACCGCCGGGCCAAAUGGAGGCGGCAGAAGCGGUCCUCAUCCGAGGAGUCGGAGAACGCGGAGAAGUGGAACAAGACGUCGUCCUCGAAGGCAUCGCCGGAGAAGAGGGAAGAGGAAGGUAAAAGCGAUCUGGACUCGGACAGCUGACGGCCGCGGGACACUUGCCCGUGUUACUUGCCUAACUCGAAGGACUUGCACAGACAGACGAUGCUACUUUAUUGCACACGCGCUGCCUUGCGGGAGGGGGUCGAGAAAGGAACGAGGAGCUGUAAAUAGUGUACAGAGCCGGGAGGGUCGGCGCCUGGGGUCGGGGCGCGCCAGGACCCACAGCCCAGCAGCCCCAGGCUGCCUGCGCCUCAUCCCACCGUAGUAUUUAUAGUUAAAUUAAGGGUGACAGUACAAUAAAGUGAUGGCAAUGUAGACGGGC